AUGGAGAAGGAAACCGGUGAGAGAGAUGACGAGAAGGGGCCCCCUUCCCUCCCCGGCGAGCUCACAGAUGAAAUCCUCCGCCGCCUCUCCACCGCCGACCUCACCGCCGCCCUGUUCGUCUCCCCCACCUGGCGGCGCUCCGUCUACGCCGCCCUCCGCUGCUGCCCACGCCCCAAGCCCUGGCUCUUCCUCCACACCCAGCGCCGUCGCGGCUCCGGCGAGCUCGCCGCCGCCCACGCCUACGACCCCCAUUCUUGCUCGUGGCUGCGAGUCCCCGCCGCGGCGUCGCCGUGGCCCUCCCUCUCCGCUGCCGUGGGGGCGGUCCCCUGCGCCGACCUCCUCUACGAGCUCACCCCCUCGCAGCUGACCCUCCGCCGCGGCUCGCUCGGCGGCACCUGGCGGCGCGUCGGCGCGCCGCGGGCGUGGAGGACGGACCCCGUCGUCGCCGCCGUGGGGGCGCAGAUCGUCGUCGUCGGCGGCGCGUGGGAGGAUCCCUGCGACGUCGAGGUUUUCCGCACGGACGGCGGCGCACCGCCGGGGGGCGCCGCCGCCGCCUGCGACCCCUUGCCGGAGGCCUUCAAGGCGUCGGCCUCGGCCACCUUCCUCUCGACGGCGGCGGAGGGAGGGAAGGUCUACGUGAUCGAGAGGAGCUCCGGUUUGUUCUGCUCGUUGGACGUGGAGACGAGGAGGUGGGGGCCGACCAGGGAGCUCCGCCCUGAUCCGUUAGUGUCCGUCUCCGCCAUCUCCGCCUCCGGCGAGGGUCUUCUGCUCCUCGCCGGACUCCGGGAAGACGACGGCGGCGGUGGCGGCGGCGCCAGCCUGAGGCUGUGGGCGGUGGACGCCGACACCUUGGAGUGUACCGCCGUCGGGGAGAUGCCGGAGGAGAUGGCCGGCAGGCUGGCGAACGCCGACGAGCCUUCUCUCUCCUCCUCCUUUGAGUUCACCGCCGUCGGAGACUUCGGAUACGUCUACAGGCCGUCGGACCCAACGACGAUCUUCUCCUGCGAGAUCUCCGCCGGCGAGUGCAAUUGGACGGAGGUGCAGCCAGCGCCGCCAGCGGCGGCCGCGGAGAAUCCGAUGGACCGCUACGUGUUCACUUGCUCCAGGGUGGGGAUCGAGGACCUCCGGAGAGUCUUCCGGCCGGCGUACGAGGGGAAGAAGACGACCCUCGCCGUCACAGCUUGA